AUGACUGAGGUGGUUUGCAGCGACAGGCUAGGAAAGAAAGUCCCUGUUAAGUGCAAUGCCAAUGAUACCAUCGGCGACUUGAAGAAACUGAUAGCAGCUCAAAUUGGCACCCACUGGAAUAAGAUCGUUCUUAAAAAGUGGUACACAAUUUUUAAGGACUACGUGUCUCCGGGAGAGUAUGAAAUCCACCUGAGAUAA